ACAGAUGUGAAGGACGUUUUCUGCACGCAGACAGCAGUUGUGUUGUGUGGCGGGGUGGACAGUUGUGUUAUCAUGUUGUACGUGAGGCAGUCUGACAGGAACUCCACUUGUGCUGGUGGAUCAUGGACAACAGCUGUUGAUCUCCGGCUUUUUAGUGCCUACACACCAAUGAAACACGUCAGCCGUUUGCUUUAAAGCCAAAAUAUGAAAUGACCGAGAGGCCUUACAGAUAGUUUGUGCUUUUGUUACUCCAAUCUGCGUUUGCUGGGAGACCCUAUCUGGAAGCACAUUUGUUUCCGUUGUGAGUAUUAACUACCUCAGACUCGGCAAACAGAUCAAGAGGGAGUCCGGCCAUCUCUCUCUCUUUUCCUCUCCCAGACCAGAACCCUCUGACCGACUGGAUCCGUCAGAGCGAGCACAAAAGUCCUGGAGCCCGGACCGCCACAUCAUCUCGUAGCUUGCGGCCUCCAGCAGGACUGAACUCAUCUGUGCUUGUGAUUUUUACGAUUUUUCUAAAACAAAUUUAGGCCAACAGAAAGCUUGAGGUUUUCGCUUCCGAUUGAAGGAUUAAUGAUGCACUUUGGAUUUUUUUUUCCGGAUUGAAGCUAUGCUCGGAGUAAAAUGGAUGCGCAGAGCGGGUGUCUUUUUCUUUUUUUGUGAAGCACCUGUGAAGCAGCUCUGACGGUGAAUCACGAGCUAACAGAAAUCGUUCUGUCAUUUAGGAUAUUUUGCUGUUUUUUGAUGCAAGCUGCAUGUAGGAUUGCAGCUGGGCUGCAGAAUUUUUCGAUCCUCUCCAUCUCUCCCUUCAUCUCGGGAGCACAGCGCUGAGGCGACCACGUCUCUGAUGGGAUCUUUAAGCUAUCUUUUUACCUGAUUCCAGCAGGCCCAGGUUACGUGGCAUCGAGAACCAGUGCGAAGGUAAAGCAGGACUUCGUGAGGACGCGCGCUCCCUGGCCACGUUGAACACAUAUGUAUUGUUGCAGUGCACAAGAAAGUAAAAUGGACUACAAGCUGCGCUUUCUGAUUGGCGGGUCCAAGCACAAAGUGCAGCAGCACCAGCAGUACCAGUUGCCCGAGCUCAGCCGGACCCUCAGCGCCCCUUUGGGUUCUUCCUGCUCCGCCCCAUCUCCCAUGGCGACCAUAGGCUCCACCCCUUCCAGUUGCCACGCGCUGCCCCCGGGGAAUACCACGGCGAUCGCGGACAUCCAGCAGGGCAUCUCGAAAUACCUGGACGCGCUGAACGCUUUCUGUCGUGCGAGCGCGUUCCUGACGGAGCUCUUCGGCAGUGUGUUCCGGGACUCCCGAUAUUCCAAAGCAGCUAUGCAACUGAAAGACGUGCAGGAACAUGUCAUGGAAACGACCAGCCGUCUCACGACCGCAAUAAAGCCAGAGAUCGGCAAGAUGCUGAUGGAGCUCAGCGCAGGCGCGGCUAACUUCAAAGACCAAAACGACUUCAGCGUGCAGGACGUUGAGGUAUUGGGUCGCUGCUUUCUGACCGUCAUGCAGGUGCAUUUUCAGUUCCUGUCGCAGGCGUUGCAGAAAGUGCAGCCGGUUGCGCAGUCGUGUCUGGCAGAAGCACUGGCACAGGUUCAGGAGAGGCGUGGGAAUGCCCACACUCAGAACACAGGCCCCAGACCCCUUACGGAGCUGGAAGAAGCUGUCCGCUCAUGGAAAGGCGCAUCAGAAUUGACUGCAUGUCUCAGGGAGAGAGGGAGGGACGGCUGUCUGUCCGGCAUACAGGUGCAGCAACUCUUCUGCUCUCAGAACACCUGUAUACCUGAACAUCAACUUAAAGAGCUCAACGCCAAGAUCGACAACGCACUGCAGGCUUAUAAAGCAGCAUUAGACUCUUUGGGUCACAGUGAAUACUCACUGAAGGCUGGAUUUCACUUUAAUCCCAAAGCAGUCGAAGCAGCAUUGCAGGGCUGUUGUAGUGAUGCAGAAGCGCAACAGGCCGGACGGUUUCAUACCACGUCUCAGCCCAUCCAGUGUGAAUUACCCACAAUUCCUGUUCAGAUCGGCUCUCAUCUCUUCAGAGGAGUUUCUUUCAACGAAAGUGCAUCCGACAACCUGAAAUUAAAAACGCAUGCCAUGCUGCAGUUGAUCAAAGAUACAGUGGAACAGAACGGCGGGGCGGUGCGAGACGAUUCUCCCGUCACAGAGGUGUUGAACCAGGUGUGUCCUUCAAGCUGGAGAGGGGCUUGUAAAACCGCCGUUCAGCUGCUGUUCGGACAAGCCGGACUGGUGGUGGUCGACACGGCUCAGAUUGAGAAUAAAGAAGCUUACGCCCCUCAGAUCUGUCUUGAAGGAUCGAAAGUUGUGAUCCAGGUUCCUUCCACAUGGUGUUUGAAGGAAGAUCCAGCCACGAUGUCUUUGCUGCAGCGCUGUCUGGAUCCGGAGAAAACUCUUGGCCUGGUGGAUGUGCUUUACACGGCAGUCUUUGACCUUCACAGCUGGAAGGAGCGCAAGGAACAAGGUCUUCCCACCAUACAGAUCCAGCUUCAGCGGGACAUGACCGAUUACAGCAGCCCUGUGGAUCUUCCUUCUGGCAACAGCUCUAAACCUUCCAGCGGCCUCCCCAAAACCAUCUCCAAACUCACCUCGCGCUUCACCAAGAAAACCUCCUCUAACUCCAGCACAGGAGGAAGUUACUCCAUCCCCAGCACCCCCUCUCGAAGUUCCCUAACCAGCCACUCGGAUGACAAACCUGGGCGUCUUCACAGCCUUUUGCAGAUGAGCAGCAUGCCGUGCACGCCCGACCCCAGCCACCCGCAAAUCGCCAAUGGGGCGGACGAGCAGAGCAUGAACCUGCCCACCGACCAGGAGAUGCAAGACGUCAUCGACUUCCUGUCAGGGUUCAACAUGGGCAAAUCUCAGCAGGCGUCGCCGCUGGUGAAGAGAAGGAAUUCAGUGGCAUCCACCAACGCUGCCGACUUGAAACCACCCAGUGGGGCGGCUCCGCCCACCUCACAGGCUCAAGUGUCUCAUAAUGCGAUGCAGUCGCUGGCGCAAAACCUGCAGCAGCAGCUUGCGCCACAACAAAAGCAGCAGCAGCUGCCGUCAACACCCAAGCAACAACAACAACAGCAGCAGCUACCUGCGCAGCCAACAGCGCAAGCCCUGCAGUUUUAUCAGCACCUGCUGCAGCCGAUUGGGCAACCACAGCCUCAAUCGCAGCAGCAGGCGGCGCCCGUUUCCCCUCAACUAUCUUCGCAGCCUCCCCAGCCUCUUUCGCAGCAAAGAGGUCCAAGCAAGUGGCCCCAGGGUCCCCUAGGUGGUCUCUCCCCGAUCGGGCCCUUGUCUCAGUGGCCUGCUCCGGGUCUGCCGGACCUCAGUUCUGACCUCUACAGUCUGGGGCUGGUCAGCACGUACAUGGAUGGCGUUAUGUCAGAGAUGUUGGGCCAUAAGCCCCCGCAGGGUCCGCGGAACAACACCUGGCCCAACCGAGACCAAAGUGAACAGAGUCUGUAUGGAGUGCUUGGGGACUCCAUGCCCUUUGACCCUGCAGUUGGGUCUGAUCCAGAGUUUGCGCGUUAUGUUGCCGGGGUUAAUCAAGCCAUGCAGCAGAAACGUCAAGCGCAGCACGUUCGUCGCCCCAGUAACACCCGCAGCAAUUGGCCACACCCUGAUGAGCAGCACAGAGGCUGGCCACACCCAGAAUACUACAGUGAGGGGGAGGCGGUCAACAGUGGCUGGUCAGCCAAUCAGGGUGACUCGGCCAGCUCGAGUGACGAGACCUCUUCAGCCAAUGGAGACAGUUUGUUCUCUAUGUUCUCUGGGCCUGACCUGGUGGCAGCUGUUAAGCAAAGACGGAAACACAGUUGUGGUGAACAGGAAGUUUGCAAUCUGCCCUCUCCUCCGCUCCACCACUCGAGUGAUGACAGUAACCAGGACUGCAAAACUAAAACGUGGCCUCCCAAAGCCCCCUGGCAGCACUCCUCACACACCAACACCAUGCCCAAUCCCAGCUCUUCCCUCUAUCAGAUGUCUAUCCCCUCCAGCCAAUGGGGCGACUCCAUGCAAAUGCUGCAGUCUCCGGUGUGGUCCACAGCCAGCGACUGCUCUCCAUCUACUGUGAUCUCCUCCGGCUUCCCCUUCACACAACAACAACAACAGCAGCAGCAACAACAACAGCAGCAAGUCGCCCAGCACAAGAUCCUGAACAAAGGCUACAAAACUUUCCCCCUUAAACCUGAGCACCGACCUUCAUACCUCCACCAGUACUGAGAGGUUCCUCUGAUCUGAGGUCUGUGACAUCGGAUAAACCCAGACCAGCAUUUAAAAGCUGUUUUUGAGUUCCUGCGGGUGUCGGCUGGCGUUCCUAGGUGUGUUGUCGGGAUCAGAUUUACAGAUCCGAGAAAAAUAAUAUUCAUCGGUUGCUCUGCUGGAACACAGCGCUAAACAUUGCUGGAGUUUUGAUCUUAAACCUGGUCAAGACCCUUCAAGCGUGUAAAUUAGAUUUCUUUCAACUAGUGUUUUUAUAGGGAAAUUUGCAUUUAACAUAGUGGUUAAUAACGUUUUUGUACACAGAUGCGUGUGUCAACCCCCUGACAGAAACGUAACUGCCUUUCUCACUGUCCAAAAAUGCAUGAUUCAUUUAACAGCAGCUAGUCGGACCAUUUCACUGGCGGCCGGUUCGACCCGAGCCGCGCAGCGUCAAUGAAGACGUAAGUUCCGUUUCUUUAUAGAUAUCUUACUUGACGUCUUCACUCCCGCUGUGCCGUUCGGGUUUGCGUUUACACGCCGAGUUUUUUCGAUAUGCAUGGCCAUCGCGCUCUAUCGCAGCCGCGUUACGAAGAUCCGGGGAUCCGUCUCCCGAAACGAUACUGUGUUUAAAUAGCUGUAACUGCCAAAUCUCACGUCAUACGACCCAGACCGCAGCUCUCAGCUACUGUUCCAUAGCUUGUAAAUUACUCAGAAAAAAAUAAUAAAAUAAAGAAUUAUAAACUUACUUUUUAUGAAGAGGCUUUGAGCAGGCUCGGCAGAAAUAUAAUAAUCAAUAGCAGAGGUGUAAUUUGAAAGAAAUACACUACUUUUUCAACAUCUGACAUUAUAAAGUUAAAAUAAAUUAGCGGUAAGUAAACUUGUGCCAUGUUGUUUUGAAUAGCACUUGCAGAUAUUUUCUCUAACCAAAGUAUUGUUUAGAAAGAAAGGGGGGGAAAUGGUGCUUGAAAUAAAAAGAAAUGCCGUUUGGGAGUCGUUGUUGUCAAAUAUAUCACGAAACCCCUUUUGUGGAAAUUCUUAAUGUGCUUUUGUUUUUCAGAUUGGCUUUCUUUCACAGACACUAAUGCUUACAAUAACAUUUUAUUCCUUUAAAAUACAAUAUAUUUCUUGUACAAAUAUUGACAGUAUUAAUCUUAUUUUUGUAUUUUCUUACACAUUAUAUCAUUACUGUAUACGUUAGCAUAAUAGAGGCAUAUUAUUAAGUAAACACAUUAUUUUUCCCAAGAUGUGAAGCACAUUUUUUUCUUUCCUACAGAGUUUAAUUGUAUCAUUUCUCUGCAGAGGUUCCAAAUACGCCAUUAUAAACACUAAUAAAUGGUUACGGUAGGAUCGGGGUGUUUUUUUUUUCUUUCGUUGGUUUUUUGUGGUUCGGGCUGCAUCUUAAAAGCCCAGAAUGUUAAUUUCUGUGAUCUUUGCUAAUGCCAAUGUUGCCUGUAUUUAUGAUAUGACCAUGUUUUCUGAAAACUAACAUACUUACCAUGUUUACAGAGAAUCGUUUGCUGUAUAGAAAUAUCUCUUUUUAUAGUUCUGUGCUUUGCACAAUCAACUUGUAGAUUCGUUGCUUUUCGUCCGUGUUUUUCUCCCGAACCGUUGCGGCAUUUUCUUUUUUUUUUCUCUUUUUUUUUUUAAAGAAAACAUCUUCGAUGACCUUGGACUGUAACGCUCAACAUUUCUCAGCUGUGUCAAAUGGUUUACUAGUGGCUUCAAAAAUUUAAAGUUUAAAAAUGAGAGAUGUUGAUGUUGCCCUGGCAGAACACACGAGGGGUGACUGCUUGGCUUAUGUUGCUUAUUGUCCACGAGAGCUGGCAACUGAUUAUUUCCAAGUGUACCAGCAAUGCAAAAAAUAAAUAUGUAACAUUAAAAAAA